AAUAAAUGAUCUUCUCUUUCAGCAGGUCCAGAUACGACAGCGUCUGUCCUCCGUGAGAAGGUGCUGGACAGGAGCAGGACGUAAGCGCUGACGGAUUGGUGCAGUAGGGCGCAGCGGGGGGGCAGAGAGGUGAGCGCAUGAGGAGAGGGCGUCCCAAGACCCCCGUCUCCACACUUCGCGCUCGCGCACACACUUUCACGGACACACCGCGCCUAGCAACCCUCCAGCCACCAUGAGGUCCAUUCGGUCGUUCGGGAAUGAUGACCGUCACGUCAUGGCCAAGCACUCCACCAUCUACCCUUCCUCUGAGGCCCUGGAGGCGGUGCAGAGCCUCGUCUCCACUGUAGAGCGCACCCUGAAACACGUGUCUGAUUGGAUGGAUCAAACUCAAGCCAGCCAGUCAAAUCAAUCAAAUUCAGCCAGCACACAGGAGGAGGAGACGGAGGCCAGCGUGGACGAAUCGCCAGAAGGCAGCACAAACGAGGACAGCAGCUGUAGUAGCACUCCCAGUGAAGGACGGGUGUUGUGUGGAGUGAUGAGGAUCGGUCUGGUGGCCAAAGGCCUCCUGAUUAAAGAUGACAUGGAUCUGGAGCUGGUGCUCAUGUGCCGAGAGAAACCCACCGAGACUCUGCUGUGCACCGUCUGUGACAACCUCCCUCAGCAGAUCGAGAAGUUGACAGAGGAGAAGUAUGAGGUACAGAGCUCUAUUCCCGAGGCAGCCAUCUUGGUCUGCACUAAGACAGAACCCAAACUCACACUGAAGGUGACGCUCACCUCCCCGCAGAUGACAGACGACGGCGAGACGGAGGAGCAAGAGAGCGUUGAGUCGAGCGAGCCGGCGGACCUGUUGGAUAGACAGAGGUGCCUGGUGGCGUUGGCCUCUCUGCGACAUGCCAAAUGGUUCCAGGCUAGAGUUAACGGGUUAAAGUCGUGCGUGAUUGUCUUACGAAUACUGAGAGACAUGUGCAAUAGAGUCCCGGCGUGGGAACCUCUGAAAGGAUGGCCUUUGGAGUUAAUAUGUGAAAAGGCCAUCGCCACGUGCAACAGACCUCUGGGAGCAGGAGAGGCUCUGCGCCGGGUCAUGGAGUGUCUCGCCUCCGGCAUACUGCUUCCAGGUGGACCAGGCCUGCAUGAUCCCUGUGAGAAGGAGCUGACGAACACCCUGUCGGCCAUGACGGAUGAGCAGGCGGAGGCCAUCACGUAUAAUGCACAGGUACAAGCAGUGUGUGUCGGGAUGUGUGUGAGAUGCAGGUGUGUGACCGUGCGAACUCAGGGUCCUAUUUUGACGGCCAGCGGGAAGAACCCGGUUAUGGAGCUGAAUGAGAAACGCCGUGGGCUGAAGUACGAGCUCAUCUCGGAGAGCGGAGGAAGUCACGACAAACGCUUCAUCAUGGAGGUGGAAGUGGACGGGCAGAAGUUUCGUGGUGCAGGGCCCAAUAAGAAAGUAGCCAAAGCCAGCGCUGCCCUCGCAGCUCUAGAAAAACUCUUCUCUGGGCCUAAUGCUGCUGGCAACAAGAAGAAGAAAAUAAUCUCUCAGAGUAAAGGGGCAUUAGCUGCAGCUGCUGCUGUGUCUGCCGUUGCGGUUCAGGCUGCACGAGGGCGAGGAAGACCCACCCUCACGCGAGGAGCCUUUGUCAGCGCUGCGGCAGCACCUGGAUACGUCACACCAGGCUUCGGCGCCCCAUACGGGUACAGCGCAGCGGCCGCCACUCCUGCAUACGGUUUGCCCAAGAGAAUGCUUCUGUUGCCCAUCAUGAAAGUGCCCACCUACCCCAUCCCUCACUACUCUUUCUUUUAGCUCAGGAGCCUAUUUUACACACACACAUACACACACACUCAUGUACACACACACGGCAUAAAUGUACGUGAGAAGGGAAGGUCAGAUAGCACAGUCCUAUCACAUGUAGGGACAGCUGUUAAGGGUAUUUGUAAAGUGCUUUUUAUUUGAUCAGCAUCACAUUUUUUUGUUCUCUUACGGUCUUCUGGUUUUAAGCAAAUACAGGUUUUAUCUUCUUCAGAAAGAAAACUUGAAGAAUUUGUACUGUGAAUUGUUACCUCAUUCUUGGAAAUGUAAAUUAUAUCAGCCUCUUUUGUUCUCAUGGUUGUGUUUUUCUUAGAGAAUGGGAAUAGGCUGUCAAGACAGGCUUAAUCUAUGUACGGUUAUCAGGAGCUGUGUUUAAGAUGUAUAGAUCUAAUUCAUACUACUGCUAACAAAUAAACCUUUAUCUUCAUGAACUGCUAAGCGCACUGACUGGUGUAUAUUUGA